AUGGAUAAUGUCAAUGCCAGUGUUGUACAAAAUGGUGUCGGUGCACCAUGGUUCCAUCGCACCGACAUCGAUGUUUUGAAGAGUUGUUUCAUAGUGGUUUGUUUCUUUUUAAUCAUUUGGGGUCCAGUGGGGUUAGGCGGUUUUGUAAUCAUUGUCGGAGAGCAUAUUCCACAUGAAGUGCUUAAGCUAUCUGUGUAUUUGUUGCUCUCAAGUAGUGUUGUAGAUCCAAUCAUCUAUGCGAUAAUGAGUCAGCAGUUUUAGAGGGGCCUUUAAAAAGGAAUGCAGUUGUGGUCGUUAUUGCAACGAUAAUGAUCUGAGAGUUGCAAGAGUUGCAGCUGUAAUUGUACAUCCGAGAAGCAAUGAAACUUGAUGACUUUUGAAUUGUGGACGUCUUGUAUUCUGCAGUGCACACCUUUAUUGAUAUCUGUCGGGCUAUACCAGCAACUAAACUACUCUCUACAUCUAGUUACAAGUUCGGCUUUUAUAGGUACGGUUGAGGAUCUAGAACUUUCCGUAACAUUACGGCAGAUUCUAUUUAUAUAUUGAUUCGGGGAUGACUCAGCAUGACACAGCUACUUCUAGAACAUUCUUGAAGGUCACACUUCAACUUUUGGCCCGAAGAUCUAUAUUUAAAGCUGUGGUGUAAUAUAUUUCGUAAAAUACGUUAUGGUUAUUCGUCGUAGUAAAUAACACUUCAAAAGAGAAAUACAGUCGUUUGUCUCACGAUGUGGUCACUUCGGAUGUGGAUCACAUCGUUUCGAAUGCAUACUUCUAGUCUUCUUCAGGCGAUAAAGUCGGUUGAGUACCCAUCAACUAUAUGCUUAUUGUGCUCAGGUGUGAUUUGAUGGAAUUGCACGGCUGUGAUUGAUGCAUCUUUCGGAUCAGUUUCCCAAUGUGGUCCGUUGUCGCACGGCUUUCCUGCUGUUGUGUUUCUCGAUCGUCGGCAUCCAGGCUUCUGAGACUCCGAUUCCAUUGUCCCUGUUGUUGUUGUUAGGAUGAAGUCUUACGUAAAUUGCCUCUUUUACCCUGAGUGUGAAUGAAUGGGGAUCACGAUCAAUAAUCUUUACUCCGUUUUAGCGCUCUGAGACGGCAGAGGUCUCUGUCUUGUUGAGUCGGAUAUCCUUGUCGUGUUCCUUGAUUCUAUUCUGCAUAGGUUUGCCAGCGGUUUCGCCGAUGUAAAUCUUUCCGCACUCACAGGGAAUCCUGUACACUACGCUAUCCUGUUAAGCCGGGUCAUCGGCAUCCUUAAAGCGUACUAGGUGCGAUCGAAGCGUAGUCUCUGAUUUUAAAACAGCGUAUAUACCUAGUUGUUGUAAACAGCGGCGAAAAUGGUCGAAUAAGUCUUUGACGUAGGGCAGGACUGUUGUUGAUGUGAACUCGGUGGGGGUUCAGUGCUGGCGGUUGGUGUCGGUUUUUUUUUCUUUUUCCAUCAAGAUUAUACCAGCAGACGCACCAGUGUAGUCUUAGACACAGACACUAACCAGACCAAAAUGACCUUCCUGAUUGAAAAUAGACCGUAUCAGCAUUUAAACAAAGUUCCGAGAAACCGUCGGACGAGGAAGCUUCAUGAGGGACUGUUAACUUUAAACCGAAGCAGACAUGUGUCAAAGAACGUCUAUUAUAAGAUCAGACCACGACACAAACAGCCGCCUAGAAUCUUCGGUUUACCAAAGCUUCAUAAAACCUUUAAAACCGAUUGUGUCAUACGUGAACAACUUCGUCUAUGAUUUGUCGGCGUAUCUAGAUAACAGCGUAUCUCCACGAACAGGAAACUCAGCCCACUCGACCAAUCAGAAGCAAAAGUGAAAACAGUUAGGAGGUUGUCGCUCUCGUUUUUCCUGCGCCGAUUUUGGACAGUUUCGUCGGUAUUACUUUUUGAGUUCUCAUUGUUUUUAAAGGUAGGUUUUCUAUUUUCUAAUUGGCUGUUGGGGUUACUCUAGGAUUGGGUUGUACGACACUCAAUCGAACAGCAUUCUAUUCAGCCAUGCGGACUUCACUAAAUUGACAAUUGUAACAAUAGAAGAGACAUUAUUUAGCAUAUAACUGAUAUUUGAGUCAAGCUUGAAAUUACUUGUUUUUAUAUGGACAGAAAAGAAAAUAGGCUGUCAGCGAGAGGAAAAAAAAUUAACAAAGCUUACUCAUAUGUAAAACGGAGUUUCAGUUCGUUGUUGCCAAUGGCACUAAAAAACUAAUAGCCCAUUCGCAGCAGACAUGAAAUUGUUUUUGUCAUAUUUCUUAAGUAAACUGCAAUUGUAAUAUUCAUAAGCCCUCCACGCCUGAAAAAGAGGUCAACCGAAAAGAAAACACCGCGGGAGAGAUUGCCAAAAGGCGACAGAUUCGAUAGUCUAUAUGCAUGCUCCGAUACCGAUCUUGGCAAAGUUCUAGUCCAUUACGUAAUGUUUUGCGACAAAGAAAAUAGGCAUCUUUCGACUAAGAUUUAUCGAGUUUACUUCGGUAUUAAUUUCCUAAGAUUUGCUUGACUGUUAAACAAUUUUUUGCCCUUCAUAGUGCCUGUUGAAAAAAAUUCAUAGGACCGAAUUUGAGAUAGAGUAAGGAAACACAAAAUUGCAAAUAGCGAGGAAACUGCCUUCAUAACCCUAUUUUUUCGACAUUUAAAUGAUCUGCAGGACGAUUUUCACAAAUUUGUGAAAAUUUUGAGAGAUUUCACCGAAGCAAAUUAAAGAAAACCAAAGGAAAAGCCAAAUUAUGGCUGGCGAGCGCCUCCCUUCGUGGAACCUCAACUAAAUAGCGAAAAUCAUUUUGACAAUAUUUACUACAGCAAACGAUAGUCUCAACCUUGCUCAUCUUUCUCAUUUUUCGUCUCUUUUUCGAGUAAGAGUAAAUUUUUACAAUGGGUUUCACUAAUUGUAAGAAAUCGAUGUUUCUGCAUGUCUUUACCAGCUUUCAGCUGUUAGUAGAGAAGAGGUUAAAAGGGUUUUUUUACUUACCGUGAAUAGAAAAGUUGCUUUUUCCUUUUGCUUUUGUUUUUAACUAAAACUUUACUCUUCAGACGACAGAAUAACCGGAAGUGUUUAUGAAACAAAAAGAACCUAAAUUAGCGUAAUGGCUCUCUUGUGUCUGUAAGUUUUGAAUUUAAUAAAGCCGUAUUUAACUCAACUUUCAUACUGGAAUCUUAGCAAUCAUUCCCUUUUUCUGAAGUAGCUAAGGAAAAGCUAAUAGACGAUUUUAAUUUUACAAUAAAUAGGUAAAUAUGGUUCAGUUAACAGGUUAAGUAAAUGUGUUUCGAAUAAUGGCUCUCUUGUGUAUAUGAGUUUUGAAUUCGAUAAAGCCGUAUUGAAGUCGACCUUCAUACAGGAACCUUAGCUGUCAUUCUCUUUUGCUGAAGUUGCUCAGACUAAGGAAUAACUAGUAAAUGAUUACGACAAAAAUUGACUUGACAAUGAUUGAGAAGUAAUGACCCUCUUGUGGUGAUGUAUUUCGAAUUCAAUAAAGCCGUAUUUUAAUCAAUUUUCAGGCCUAAAUAUCAGCAAACACUUCUUUCGCUUAAGUAGCUCAGACUAAGAAAAACUAACUAAUGAUAAAAGCAAAGAACGAAUUUCGACAACAGACUAGUAAUAAUGGCUCUCAAAACAGAUUGACACAAGGGGCUCUUGCGUCAAUAUGUUUUGAAUUCAAUAAAGCCGUAUCCAAAUCGACUUUCAAACGAAAAUCUUACAAGCAUCCCAUACGCUGCAAUAGCCUCAUGAUUACAGAGUCAGUCAAUGUGGAGCCAGUAGAAUUUGAAAAAGUUCUCAACCAGGUUUUUCUCUAAGGUUCAAAGAUUUUCUGACAUUCCUGCCUCACUGAAUUUAAAAGAACGUGAGUAUUCUUUUAGAUAAGAACGAAUUUUAAAAAAAUUGCCUCAAAGAUUUGUUGACAACGAAGAUACAAAACCCAUCAAAUUCACCAAUCCUGAGAUUUAGUGGGGCUCCAUUUAGAGAAGUCUCCUUUCAUAAAAGGAAAAAAAAACAGCAACAGAAAUAAGAAUACAUUCUUGACGGUUUUUCCCUUGUCGGGAAGACUGGGUCUCAACUACUCGGCGCUCAAAUCAAGAAGAUUUAGAAAAUAAGAAGAAAUUAUCAAAUGUUUCUAGGAGAGGUAUCAGGUGUUCUUUUUCUCCUUCAAUAGAAAGUCGUUUAAUGGGGUACAUGGAUUUUUAUUUCAGUCUAGAAUCCUCCAAUCAGUGCAUAUUAAAGCUGGAGUCACGACGAAGAUGUCUCAAACAACUUCACAAGAUCGUGUAACUCGCUCGAGAGCAGAAAUUUCGUUAGAGGUAACCUUCGCCAUUCUGGUUUGCCUCACUUCCGUAAUUGGUAAUGUGCUGGUUGUUUAUGUUGUAAAUAAAUACUCUGAGAUGCAAACCAUCACCAACAUUCUCAUUCACAAUCUUGCACUGACUGAUAUUAUCAUGGCGACCCUUAACAUGCCGUUCUGGAUAACGAGCUUGUACUCGGGAAAAUGGAAUUUGAGCCAUGAAUGGUGUGAAGUUUCUGCAUCAGCACAACUUACUAUGGUUUUGUCCUCCUUGUUCAUAAUGGACUUAAUUGCCCUGAACAGAUACUUGAAAGUCGUCAAGCGAUCCUUGUAUAUCAAGUUCUUCCCUAGCAAAAGAGUUGCUUGGUUGUACUGUGGUCUCGUUUGGCUGGUUUCUGUGCUAUUCGCCACACCUCCGUUGUACGGAUGGGGAAAAAUGAAGUUCGACUCGGACUUUUUCGUUUGCACAUUCAACUGGAAGCAAGGACACGUUUCUUUUGUCAUAGUGCUUUUAGGGUUCUUCUACGUGACAAUGUUUGCAACAUUUUACACCUAUUGGAAAAUUUACCAAACGGUGAAAGAAAGCACAGAUAAUGUCCACGCCAAUGUCGUACAAAAUGGCGUCGGCGCACCGAAAUUCCAUCGUACUGACAUCCAUGUUUUGAAGAGUUCUCUGACAGUGGUUUGUUUCUUUUUUAAUUACAUGGAUUCCUAA